AUGCCAACUUCAAACUGCGAUCGCUGGACCGCCAAGGUGAAGGCCGCGCACGCCGUGUGCGUCAACCGCGCAUUGACUUCAUCGGACGAACUCAACUUGCUUGCAUUGGGCCUUGUGUCGUCCCUGGAUGUAGACGAUGUAGUCGACUUGUGUGCAACGGGAACCGUGGUCUCGACGCUGCUCCAUAUCGACGAAGCUUCCAUGAACAAUGCAGAGACGUUGCAUGCGCGCUUGUCGCUUGCCUUGGUAAAGCAAUGCGUGGACGUUGCAAAACGAGUCGAUUCCGGACAAAAAGCCUUGUCCCAGGCACUCGACGACCUCGUGUACAACGUAUGCUUUCCUCUCUUGCUGCCUAGCGCCGCGACGUCUUCACUGGCCGACGAUGCGCUUGGGCUUCUCUUGCAUGCACUGGGCUCGAUUCCUUCCAAGGAUGAUAUGUCGUGGUGGGAGUCGCUUCGUGUCAAUGUCGUUGCGGCAUUCGACGGCGCCGCGUCCUCGACGUCGCAUCCCCACACAAUCGCCGACCCUACAUGGCUUGGGUACGUGGUGGAGUUUCUCUUUGAGCAGCAUCUUGUCUCGCCUUCGUUCGUCCAGCGCAUGCUUGAGCUUUGCACGGCCAUCAUCUCGACGCCCGACACUUCGUUCUCAAGCUUGCGCCAAGCCAUCUUUGGGUCGGUGGUGCCCCACUUGAUCCAACACGAAGCAGCGCUGGCGUCGACUUUGAGCUCGCACGUGCUGACCGCGUGGCAGCCCGAGACCCUGCACGACUCGUUGCUCAUGCUGUGUGAACUGUUUCCCCACAGCCCGCACCACCUCCACACAGCGCCUUCAUUCCAUGCGAUCCUCCGACUCGGCCUUCAACAUGCGGAAGCCGUGGUCCGGAAGAUGGCGCUGCAUCUGCUUCGCGCAGCCUUGGCUACUGACGACGCGACCGUCGCGCAUGUGUCGUGGGGAACCUUUGUCCAUGCGUUUGAGAUUGUGCACUUCCACCACGAACAGCACCUGCUCGAGCAAGUGUGGGCCAGCAUCGCCGCGCUCAUUCGCCAUACCACCAUUGUCCUCCACCACCCUCACCACAGCAUCCACUCGACAACAGACGACAAGGAAGCGCCCUCGCUCUUCACCGCGCCGCUGCCGUUUGAAUGGUUCCAAGGAAUCGUCCACCGCUGCUGGCACCACGACAACCCAGUCGUCCGACGCAUGACGCUGGUCGAGUUCAUGGCCGAAGCCAUCAACACAUGGCACCCUUCUACUGCCGCCGCCGUGGUGCUCCAUCCCGAUGUGAUUCCGUUUGUAUUGACCUCCCUCCUUCCGUCGCUCAACGAUCCGUUCCUAUUCAAACACGAAAAGUACCGUGUCCGCGCCACGACCGUUGCAUUUUGCACGCGCUUUCUCCAAUUGACCACGAUGCCUGGCAGUGCCACCACGACCUUGUUGACGUACCUUGGUGCCGUACAAGAGGCCAUUUUUGGCGACUCGACGCGCGGCAACUCGCCGGACGCCCUCGUCGCGAUGCUCGCCGUGUUUUCCGAGCUCGAACACCCGCCGUCGCCCCUGUUGGGCGCCGACGGACUGCAGGUCCUCCGGUUCAUUGUCCACGCCCAUGUGCUGCAGUCUUUUCCAAAGAUCAUGACGUCGCUCGUGCCCAUCUUACAGCGCAUCCUCUUUGAAUUCACCGUGCCCCCACAGGCGCUUCCGUUGGAAGUCGUCGCGCGGUACUUGCUGCUGUUCCCCACCGAGCACAUUCAACAGCAUCGGGCGGCGUUUGCAGCGUACAUGGCGCCGCUGGAGCCGGCUAUCCACGAUGCCUUGGCGGUGUACUUUGAAAACCCUGCGACGCUAAGCACGGCGGCUCUCACCCGCGUGGUUCUGUCCGCCCCGCCAUCCGUCGUGCCGUCCAUGGCGGUUCUGUGGUCGGCCACGCCGUUGAACGCACACGUGUGCCGUCUGUUCCAGCAACUUCACAGCAGCACUCUGGCCACGGCCGAUAUCAAGGCCAUGGUCACCACGCAACUCCCCCCUGCGUACUUUUCCCAGGGUGUGGCCCUUGCGUUUCCUAGCCCGUCGUAUGCUGUCUUCCGGCCCGACGACCUGCCCGACCAACUCGCCGUCGUGUACGUGUUGACCCAUAUAGCUCUGCACGCGAUGAAAAUCCAAGGUGAUUGCGCCCCUGGCCACACCCUGAACGCCAUCCUCGUCGCAGCCGUCGCGGCCAUCGACGACGCCUCGCCGCACGACGCCACGUUUGUCGUUGAAUGUCUCCACCUUGUCGCACACGAAGCGCCAUUCCUCAUGGAUUCGCUGUCAGUGUUUGACCCGCAAGUGCUCGUGCCGCAGCUUCUCGGCCUCACCCUGCGCAAGCCAACUACGACAACAACGUACACGCAGCAGUUUGUCUUGGCCAAGUAUGCCGUGCUGUCGUCGUUGCUGUCGACGUGCUGGGCGUUGCCGCCGAUGUUGCUGCAGACAAUCCUCGACACGACCCUCGAUGCGCUGCCCACAGCCGGCAACGACCCCCUAGUCCUUGAGCACAUGGUGCAUGUGAUUCGCAUGGUGUUGCCGUUCACAGUGUUCAAUCUGCCCACAGAUGACGACAAGCAAAAUCACUUGGACGACGUGUUUUCGCAAGUGUGGACGGCUUAUGCCGACAGCCGCAAACCCAAUAGCUUGACCCACGCAGUGAUCCAAUGCGUAUUCCAACCGCGGCUGAUGCCACUCGUCGACACGUUCAAAACGUGGUUUCAAAAGUGGAGUCGAUUUGGCCAAGGCGGCAAGCGGCCGAAUGUGAUGUUCCACGUAGCCACAACACUGUGCAAUCUCUGGCGUCGGUAUCCCAAGAGCGCCGAGCCGUACGUGGAUGAAAUCAUCACGUUGUUGCUGUACAAAGAGCCUGCUGUGGAUGCCAAGGAGCAGAUGGUCUACUUGCCGAGUCAAGGGCACCAGAGCCACCAUCCCCCCGCCUUGAAGGAGCGCUUCGUUCGGUUUGUCGUGCUCGCGUUUUUAGAAGACGCCCCCGUGGCCUGCCACGGCCUGGUGGAUAAGCUCACGACGGCAUUGUUGGAGCUGCAGCUGAAACCCGAGUACCAAAUCCCCCAAAUGGUCAACAGCGACGGGUUUGGCCGGCAGUUGCGGAGUUGGCAGGCGCUGUGUGUGCUCAGUCGAUUUGUGCAGGCGCACACUGUCGACAGAAUCCACGAGUUGCUGUGGCACAAAUCGUUCUUGAACCACAACUUGCCUCAAAUUCGGUACUUUAUCGAGUUGUUUGCCAUGCGCGUGGCCGUGGCGUUCCCCAAGUCUUCGUUUCAGCACAUUCAAGCGUUGCUCCAGAACGUCCACCUCAUGCCGCAGUUGUCGGCGUCGUUGCUACUUGUGGCGUCCGUAUCGCUGCGACUCUUGCCGGUAGACGACACGCCCCAGCUGCACCUGGAUACACUGCUGCUCAUGGUCCCGUGGCUCAACUCUACCCACGGGCACACGCGCACGAUCGUUCAAUUCGUGGCCCUGACGCUGCUCCCAUACUUUUUGGCCAAAGAAGCCACCGCGUCGACGGUGCAGUUUUUGCAGCCGACGCUGCGGUACCUGAGCACCAACAAAGAGUGCAAGCGCAUGUUUCGCCGGCAAACCGACCAGAUGGCCACGUUCGAGCCCGAGAAAGAGUGCACGUUGGCGGGGCUACUCAUGGGCACAUUGAACGAAUUUGACGAGAUUGUCCCGAUCUCGAUCGUGGAGCAGAUCAAGGAGAGCCUUUCGGCGUCGUUUGCCCAGUUCCUCAAGGAAGACAGGCGCCACGGCGGCCAGUACCAAGCCAGCGUCGCUGGCGGCCUCGUCUUGCCCUCGUCUGCUCAAGAGGCACCACCAUCGUCCUCCUUUUCGUCGUCGUUGGAAGUACCAGUGGGCGACGACGACCAAGUCAUCGUGCAGCGCAAGAUUGACCCGAACGCCACCGCGUUCCUAGACGAGCUGCUUGCCCAAACCCAAGCCGAAAGCCUGCGCGACAAGCAAGUGAACGCCCGGAGACGCCGCCACCAACCGGUCGUUGUGUGCGCCAGCUUGGUGGACAAGCUUCCAAACGUGGCGGGGCUGGCGCGGACGUGUGAGAUUUUCAACGCGUCCAAGCUGCUGAUUCCCAACAUGGCCAUGACCCACGACAUUUUGUUUCGGCAGAUCAGUGUCACGGCCAACAAGUGGGUCGACAUGGAAGAAGUACCGCCGUCCAACGUGCGGCCGUACUUGCACCGCAUGAAACAGCAAGGGUACACGGUCGUCGCGUUGGAGCAGACGAGCAGCAGCGCGUGCCUGUCGACGUUUGCCUUUCCUGAAAAGUGUGUGAUUGUGCUCGGCAACGAGAAGGAAGGCAUCCCCGUGGACAUCCUCCAAGCCGUGGAUUUGUGUGUGGAAAUCCCUCAGAUGGGCGUGAUCCGGUCGCUCAAUGUGCACGUGAGUGGCGCCAUCUUGCUGUGGAACUACACGCAGCAGCGGCUGCUGGCUCGCCAAGGCACCCCCACGACCCCCACGACAUUAUUGCCAUAAUAAAUACAUCAAAGAUAUAUUGAUAUAUACUA